CACCGACACCGCGCCCGGGGAGGCCGCUGCUCCGCGCCCGAACUAAAUUAGAGGAAUCUAUUACCAUUUUUGAUGUGAAGACUUCAUCUCUGACAUCUCUAUGGUCAUUUGGCAGCCUCCAAGAAAUAAUACAGCUCAGCAGCGGCAGUAACUGCCUUGGGUAUACACUGACAAUUAUUUGGGAAAAACAAAGAAAACCCCAACAGCCCAAACCCACCAAACCUUUUGAAGACUUUGUGUCCAAUGACGUCAAUGGCCAGUUUGUUCUCCUUUACUAGCCCAGCUGUAAAGCGUCUGUUGGGCUGGAAACAAGGAGACGAAGAGGAAAAAUGGGCAGAAAAAGCUGUUGACGCUUUGGUAAAAAAGCUGAAAAAGAAAAAGGGUGCUAUGGAAGAGCUGGAGAAAGCCCUGAGCAGCCCAGGCCAGCCCAGCAAGUGUGUCACCAUCCCCCGCUCCUUGGACGGGCGGCUCCAGGUGUCCCACAGGAAGGGCCUUCCCCACGUCAUUUACUGCCGCGUCUGGCGCUGGCCUGACCUCCAGAGCCACCACGAGCUGAAGCCCUUGGAUAUUUGUGAAUUUCCUUUUGGAUCGAAACAGAAGGAAGUCUGCAUCAAUCCAUACCACUACAAGAGGGUGGAGAGCCCAGUUCUACCUCCAGUGUUAGUGCCUCGACAUAGUGAAUUCAACCCCCAGCACAGCCUCCUGGUUCAGUUCAGGAACCUCAGCCACAACGAGCCCCACAUGCCACACAACGCCACGUUCCCUGACUCCUUCCAGCAGCCCAACAACACUCCAUUCUCCAUCUCCCCAAACAGCCCCUACCCCCCUUCUCCAGCCAGCAGCACUUACCCCAGCUCCCCAGCCAGCUCGGGGCCAGCCAGUCCCUUCCAGCUCCCUGCUGAUACUCCACCUCCUGCCUAUAUGCCCCCUGAUGAUCAAAUGGGGCAGGAUAAUUCCCAAUCCAUGGACACAAGCAAUACAAUGAUCCCUCAAAUCAUGCCAAAUAUAUCCACCAGAGAUGUCCAGCCCGUUGCCUACGAAGAACCCAAACACUGGUGUUCCAUCGUGUAUUAUGAGUUAAAUAAUCGUGUUGGGGAGGCCUUUCAUGCAUCUUCCACAAGUGUCUUGGUAGAUGGGUUUACAGAUCCCUCCAACAACAAGAACAGGUUCUGCUUAGGGCUGCUCUCGAAUGUAAAUCGCAACUCGACCAUCGAGAACACUCGGCGGCACAUUGGCAAAGGAGUUCAUCUCUACUACGUUGGUGGAGAAGUCUAUGCUGAGUGUUUGAGUGAUAGCAGCAUAUUUGUACAGAGCAGGAACUGCAACUACCACCAUGGCUUUCAUCCAACAACUGUGUGCAAGAUUCCCAGUGGAUGCAGUCUGAAAAUAUUUAACAAUCAGGAGUUUGCUCAGCUUUUAGCUCAGUCUGUCAACCAUGGAUUUGAAGCAGUAUAUGAGCUCACCAAAAUGUGCACCAUUCGAAUGAGUUUUGUAAAGGGCUGGGGAGCCGAGUACCACCGCCAGGACGUCACGAGCACCCCGUGCUGGAUAGAGAUCCACCUCCACGGGCCCCUCCAGUGGCUGGAUAAAGUACUUACCCAAAUGGGUUCUCCUCUGAAUCCCAUCUCAUCUGUCUCAUAGUGCUGACAUUCUAUCUCCAGCCUUAUUUUUAGCGAACUUAUUCUAAUUCUAGAGCAACUUCCAGUGGAUACUGUGAGCUAUAUGGAGAAUGGAUCUUAUGGUUUAAUUGUGUUGGUUUUUUUUUUUUUAAAUCCCUCUGUGACCAAUUCCAUUGUGUAUAGCUAAUCAGUUUUACAUUUCAAAUUGUUCUUGUGAUGCUUAAGUGACAGUUGAGCCCUAAGGGAAAAAAUAGUCUAUUGAGAAAUUCAGAACACUUUUUCCCCUCCUUCCCCUAGAACUUAAACAGACAUAUGUCUUAACUGGAAAAUCUUUUUGUCCUGUAGGGACAAGAAUCAUGGAGACUGACUUCAGAAAAUAAAUACAUAUCAUAGUUUGGGAUUUUUUUUUUAAUGUUUAUGAAACUGUUUGAACAUGUGCAGCUCCAGCUUGCAAGCUGUAUUUUUAGCAUAGUGGUUUAAACAUCUUAAGGUUGACAUCUGUCAUAAGCAAAAUUAGACUUUAUUAUGGCUAAUUUGCCUCAGAUUGAACAAUGUGAUUUUUUUUUUAAGUGUACACAUGAAUAUACUUUUUACAAAUAUUGGAGUGGUGUAAAAACACUUGUAUUUUCUAUUGGAAAAUGCUGUCAUAAACACACUGUAUAUUAAUGCAGAAUAGCAGUUCUUAGCCUUUUCCCACUUUGGUUUUGUAACAUCUCUUUUAACCACCAUUUAAAAUAGUAAUUGAUACAAGGUAAACAUCUUGCACGUUUCUGGAGUAGUAAUUCUUGGUUUGCUUUGAUUUACACUCAUGCAGUUUGGAUUUGGUUGCCAAGGCUGUCUCUUUUUAGGUACCCUUCUCUUUUUUAACAUAAACACUACUAUUUGUAAAUGGCAGUGCUUACUACUUUUUGGAAGGAAUAAGUUUUUUGUUUUCUUUUUGGUGUUCUAGCUGUUUAUUUUACCUGUCUGGAAUUGAUCUGUGUAGGCCUUUUUAAUCUCUCAGUAGACAUUACACAGUAUUAGUGAUUACACUGUAUUUAAUUCACUUUCAGUAUGAGUUUGAGUCUCUUUGAAGACUGUGAGUGGCUUAGCAAAUGAGUUACUGAAUGCAGAAGCUUUUACUUCCAGAUAAUUUAAUGCAGACCUGUUGGUAAUGACCAAAAGUAAUCCCUUCUUUGUAGCCUACAUGAAAGGAUGGUCUCACUCCUGGCCCUCAUGGCAGGGGUUCAAUCAGGAGACUUGUAACUGUAGUUGGCAGCUUUGUGGGACUAAAGCACUGCAUUAAUAUGAUGAAAUUCCUCCCAUGUAAGGAAUCACAGAGUCAUGGAAUGCUCAGGGGUUGGAAUGGCCCUCAAAGAUCAUCUAGUGCCAAGCCCAGGGACAUCUCCCUCUAGAACAGGUCACUCAAGGCCUUACCCAACCUGCCUUGAACAUAGCUGGGGUUGGGGCAGCCACAGCCUCCCUGGACAACCUGUGCCAGUGCCUCACCACCCUCACAGGAAAAAAUUUCUUCCUGAUAUCUGAGCUCAUUCCCUCUUCCAGUUUGUACCCAUUACUGCCUGUCCUGUCACUGCAGUUCCUGACAACGAGUCCCUCUCUGGUUCCCUGGAGGCCCCUUCAGACACUGGGAGGUGCUGUGAGGUCCCCACACAGCCUUCUCCUCUGCAGGCUGAACAGCCCCAGCUUUCUCAGCUGUCUUCACAGGGGAGGUGCUCCAGUCCUCUUGCCAACAUUGUGGCCUCCUCUGCACUUGUCCUUAGGCUGGGGACUCCAGAACUGUACCCAGUGAUCCAGGUGGGGUCUCACAAGAGGAGACCUGAGGGGGAGAAUCCCCUUCUUGCCCUACUGCCCACGAGCCUUUUGAAGCAGCCCAGGAUCCUGUUGGUUUCUGGGCUGUGAACACUCACUGCUGGCUCAUGGGGACUUUGUCAUCAACCAGCAGCCCCAAGUCCUUCUCCCAGGGCUACUCCAACUCCCUUCUGCACUCGAGCUGUAGGUGUGUCUGGGAUUGCCCUGACCCGGGUGUAAGACCUCGGUGAACUUCAGGAAGUUUGCAUCAGUGAGCUUUGGUGGAGAAUUCAAACACUACUAAACACUAAAAGAAAUCAGCUAAAUAACUUAUGCCUGUUUUCCCCCUUUUUAUGAUAAAAAGGAGGCUGAAAUACUCUAAGAGAAUUAGAAGUGAAUUAUAUACAAAAUGUCUUUGCAUGCAGAAAAAACCUCUUGUAUUUUUUAACUUCUCACCUUCCUUUUUCUCUUUCCUGAAUAUCUCUUCAGCAAAGGGUUCAGUGUUUGGAGGAGAGGCUGAAAACUCUAAUAUGCAAAUAAUUAUGGAAAGAUGCGUUGCAGUUAAUUGCUGCAAUCCUGAGACACUGAUUGCUUACACAAGUUCUUGUGUCUUCUAUUGAAUGACAUUUUCUGCUCAGAUGUGGAAAUCAUGCAUCGUAUGGUACCUGCGUAACAAAUGAUCUUAAAGGAUUCAAAUUGUUUACGUGUCCUUAAAAUGUUUCUUCUGAAAUGCCUUAAAGGAAUAAACUGUAACACUUCUGCAGAACCCUGAUGUUCUCCUGUACAGGAAUUUCUGUAUUACUUGGUGUUUUGGGGGGUGUUUUUUGUGUUUUGGGGUUUUUUUAAACAGUUUCUCAAGUGUGUUUAAAAACCAACAAGUGCAUCUUCAGGAGAAGGGGAGGAACAUUAUUUGCUGUUUACCUUUGGGGUCUUCUCUUUCAUUCUUUGGAGCUGCAACCCACAGACAGUUCUUUUGAUUGAAUAAGAUGCCAAGUCAGUUGGCCACAGAAUCCAGCUUGUUUUCUUCUCCUCGGGGCCUGACUUUUGUCAAGUAGCUGAAUAUGUAUAUUUGACACUACAGAGUAUUAUUUUUCUUGACUAGCUUUUGUAAUAAAUGCCAUGGCACGUUGAAUUAAGGAAAGAUUGCAAUUGUAGGUACAAGAUUUUACUUUAUCCAAGAUGUUUUUCACCUGGCUUCAUCUCUGUUCACUUGUGUGCUUUUAUGUGGCCAACUGAGUGACUCAAGAAUGGGUGCUGAGGUGGGUGUUUGUGAGCCAGAGCUGGUGCUUAGUGCUGGUGUUGUGGUUUGAUUGGCUGCCCGUGCACUGAACCAUAAUUUCUGCAAUAAUAUCCAGUUAACCCACUUCUGAUGCUGUCAUUAAGUGCUAAAGUGCUCUGGCAUUUUUUCUGCUUGUGUCCACGUUCUGGAACUGUAAUAUCUGCAAUGCUGGGAUAGCCUUGUGACUGCUGGUUUGGCAGGGCAGGAGCAGGGGCAAACCCAGGAAGAUUUGUCUGCCUUCUACUUCUCUGUUCCUUUUAAGCAGAGCUUUUUGGGUGCUUUCUAGUGAGCAAAUUUUGUGUGCUGCUGGUUCAUGGUGUUCCUAAUCCUGUUUAGUUCAUCUGUGCUGCUGGUACAAAAUGAGAUAUCAGUGCACAGAUGGAUGGGAUGGAGAGUUUUUUGACCCUAACGAUGUGUCAAGUCCAGGGAGAGCAGGGAGUGCUGCUGCUGGGGCAGCAUCCUGUGUAUAAAUCACUUCUGUAUCCAGAUGGAGAGAUGGAGAAAUUAAAUCAGCCAGUAGUGUGGUAGUGGAAGAAGGAGCCUUUCCAGUGUAGCCCAGCUUGGAUUGGGUGUUACCCUUCAGUGAAAACUGGUUUGGCUUUUUUAGUGUAUUUUCUUCUUUUUGGGCAUCUCCUUUGCACCAACCACAGCAUUGACUGGCAGCUUUGGCAACACCAGCAGAGCCUGGAGCAGGCUGACACCCAUCCUUGCUGGGAUUACUCCUGCAGUCCCUGGGAUAAGAGCUUGGAUCUUGCUCCUUGGGCACCUCAGUGCUGGCAGUCAAUCAGUGCCUUGUGUUUUACACCCACAACUACAUCAGGCUGGAAGGGCUGACAUUGGCUUAGAGUAUCUGUAGGACCAAACCACAAUUUUCUAGUGUGCCUGAUGAGAGACAAAUUAGCAGCCCAGUAGGCAAAACAAUGAUUCAACUGGUGUUACAAUUCGGGGUAGAAUUGUUUAAAUUAUUGGAAUUUUUCUAGUUUUUUCUUGAAGCAAAAUGAUGAUUUUUUUUUUCCCCCCACAGUAUUAAAAUGUGAAAGUUGUCAGUUCUUGGGUGUGAGAUUAACUUGGAUCCUUGCACUAUAGCUCUAGAGGACAUUAAAAUAUAUCAGGCUUCCUCCCUAGUCUGAAAUAAUAAUUUUUUCAGGAUAUUGUUUUACUUGCUCAAAUUGCUAAUGAUGGUUUCUAGAAAAACAAACAAACAAAAACCCAAAAACCAAAACAUUUUCUAAAUGUUUUGCUUCAAACAGCAAACGUGACUAACUUUUUUUUCUGUAGUUGUGAAGUUUCUGUUUAGGAAGGUUUCCCCAUUCUGAAUUCAAAUCAAUAGACCAAACCAUCAGAUUUACAACAAUAUGUUGCUUUUUUGUGCUGCUCCAUAAACCUGCUUCUGUGUUCGUUGCAAGCAUAACCUUUAUGCUUUUGUUUACAUUGUAGGAAACACAGUUCUAGCAAUGAGGUUUGUUGUUUUGUUGUUUUGUUUUUUUUUUCAUUUAACUCUAAACAUCUUUUUAUUUUGUUAAUUUUAAAAUGAUUAGGUUUUGCUAUGUUAUGUUUUUAAAGAUAUUUUUUGCAUACUGCUGCUCAUAUUUCAAUAAACGAAACAGAAAACCCACAAA